GAAGAGCCCGGAUGUGUGAGAAAGUUUGGUGACAGGAGAUUCAAAAAGUGCGGAGGCGAGAUGUCAAAACUGAUUAUCGUUCGUUAAAAGGGCCAUUUAGACGUCAUAGCAACAUGUGCGUUACUGUCCAUAAAUGUCUUAUCGUCGUCCUGCACGCGCUUGUUGCUGUUGCGAUAAAAGAGAGACGAAAUGUCCUGUUCAUCGUCGCUGACGAUCUGAGGACGUCUUUGGGUUGCUAUGGAGACGUCACCGUAAAAUCACCAAAUAUUGACCAACUGGCAUCCAAAAGUCACGUUUUUCUCAAUGCAUUUGCACAGCAAGCUGUGUGCGCUCCUAGUCGGAUUUCCAUGUUAACAAGUCGCAGACCAGAUACAACCAGGCUGUAUGAUUUUAAAUCCUACUGGAGGGUGCACUCUGGAAACUACACAACUCUUCCACAGUACUUUAAAUCACAAGGUUAUGCUACGAUGUCUGUGGGCAAGGUUUUUCACCCGGGCAUCGCCUCGAACCACACCGAUGACUAUCCUUACAGCUGGUCCAUCCCUGCGUACCACCCUGCUUCAUUCAGCUUUGAGAAAAAAAAGAUAUGCAAAGGAGAGGAUGGUCACCUCCAUGCCAACCUGCUGUGUGCGGUGAAUGUAGCUGAGCAGCCUGGAGGAACGCUGCCAGACAUGGAGAGCGUAGAUGAGGCGGUGAGACUACUGAAAACUCGGGCCACUGACGGCAGUCCUUUCUUCCUGGCUGUGGGCUUUCACAAACCCCACAUUCCCUUCCGGAUACCGCAGGAGUAUCUGCGCCUCUAUCCCAUAGAACAAAUGACUCUGGCCCCUGACCCAGAUGUUCCCAGGCGCCUUCCCCCUGUGGCCUACAACCCUUGGACAGACAUUAGGAAGAGAGACGAUGUCCAAAAGCUCAACAUUAGCUUCCCCUAUGGACCAAUUCCUAAGGACUUUCAACUACGUAUCCGCCAGCACUACUAUGCUGCCGUGUCCUACAUGGAUGCCCAGGUUGGUCGGCUGCUCAGUGCCCUCGAUGCCCUGGGGCUGGCUCAGAACACAAUAGUGGUUUUCACCUCCGAUCACGGUUGGUCACUUGGUGAGCAUGGUGAAUGGGCGAAAUACUCCAACUUUGACGUGGCAACGCAUGUCCCUCUUAUCUUCUACGUCCCUGAGGCUCCUGCACCUUACGGUGGCCUGAGAGCAUCUACCUUUCCCUUUCUGGAUGUCUUUAGCCAAUCAGAGUUCAUCUUCGAGAUUGAGGAAGUUGUAGAAAAAGUGGUGGAGCUUGUGGCUGUUUUUCCAACCGUCUCCCACUUGGCUGGCCUGAAAACACCUGCACCCUGUCCUGAUGUUUCUUUGCAGGAGGAGCUGUGUACAGAUGGAAUGAACUUGGCGCAUGAAUUCAAACCUAAAAAGAAAAAAAUCAAUGGGGAGGCAGUGUCUUUCAGCCAGUACCCGCGGCCUGCUGAUACGCCACAGGAGGACUCGGACCUCCCUGACCUUAAAGACAUAAAGGUGAUGGGCUACUCUCUGCGUUCUUAUGACUACAGAUUCACUCUGUGGCUAGGCUUUGACCCCAACACAUAUCAGGUCAACGUGUCUGACGUCCAUGCCGGAGAGCUGUACAUGCUAGCAGACGACCCCGGUGAGGACAACAACGUGUACGAUGACUUUGAGCAACACGGCGUGAUGAUGAUGAUGUGGAGGAAGAUGAAGAACGUGCCUCCUACUGUUAGUGUACAGAUGAGGAUGAAACUGCAACUUCUCAACCUUACAGCAGGACUGAAGAUGAGUGGAAGCAAAGCACGAUGACAGAUGGUUGGAGAGUGCACACAAGCAAGAAAGAGAACCCAAAAACAGGGAAAAUAUUGGCUUUUUUUUUUUUUUUUUUUUUUUUUUACAAAAUAAAUGUAAUCCGUGAUUAAAAAUCGUAACAUCCCAUCUGUGUUAAUGUUUGAGCUUCAAAGAUCAAACAUUGUCUUUUAAUCAGCACUUUUUUUUGCGAGGCAGACACUGGAGGACACAAGGUCAGAUUUCAACAGCAUGCACUCUUGAUAGCCUGCUUUAAUUAGUUGGAAAUUAUUCUGUGAAUUUUACAUGCUGCUGGCUGCGUUGAUAAUGAGAGUGUUGAACACGUUUGAGUUUUUCUGUGUGUCGUCUUCCACAGGUGUUGUUUAACGGUUACAUUUCUAAUGCACUUUGUCACCUUGUAAACAAGUCAGCUCAAUUUGUGUGCACAUGCCAUCUGUAAUAAUUCAGUACAAAUGAAGUGUUUCCAUUCUACUUGCUUUUUCCCAGAACACUCGUGUGUGUGUGUGUGUGUGUGUGUGUGUGUGUGUGGGGAGAAAACUGAUAUGUUGAUUGGCCCCACAGCUGCUUCAAGCUAAAGGUACGAUGCAAUGUGUUGUACUAUGGCGGUACAAUAGACAAAAAUGUUGCACUGAUAUUUUAAAUGUCCUGCAUGCUAUAGUUUGUCUCUUGACUUCUUUGUAAAAAAAUAAAAUACACUGUACAUCUGUACAGUUCAAAACAGUUAA